UACCUGGCUGCCCUCCUGGGCAACUGCCUCAUCUUCACCACCAUCGCCUGUGACCACCAUCUCCACACCCCCAUGUACUUCUUCCUCCUCAACCUCUCAAUUCUUGACCUGGCAUCCAUCUCCACCACUCUCCUGGGCAGCAGAGCUUGUGUCCACAUGGCAGCAGCUGCCUGGGGCGCUGGGUUUCUCAGUGCUCUGCUGCACACGGCCAAUACAUUUUCCCUGCCCCUCUGCCAGGGUAAUGCUGUGGAACAGUUCUUCUGUGAAAUCCCUCAGAUCCUCAAGCUCUCCUGCUCACACUCCGAACUCAGGGAUGUUGGACUUCUUGAUAUUAGUGUCUUUUUAUUGUUUGGCUGUUUUGUUUUCAUUGUGGUAUCCUAUGUGCAGAUCUUCAGGGCUGUGCUGAGGAUCCCCUCGGAGCAGGGACGGCACAAAGCCUUUUCCACGUGCCUCCCUCACCUGGCCAUGGUCUCCCUCUUUGUCAGCACUGGAGCAUUUGCCUACCUGAAAACCUCCUCCACCUCCUCUCCAUCCCUGCACCUUGUCCUGUCAGUUCUGUACUCCGUGGUGCCUCCAGCAGUGAAUCCUCUCAUCUACAGCCUGAGGAACCAGCAGCUCAAGGAUGCAGUGUGGAAACUGAUAACUGGAUGGUUCUCUGAUGCAAUGAACUGCUUAUCAUCUUCUGCAUAG